UGCUUCUCUUUCUUUCUUUCUUGGAGAAAGCGCGUCCAACCAAACAAAACAGCGCGCGUCGACCUCCCACUUCACCACCACGCAUCUAUUUUCGCCAUUUACCAUGACCACACGGCCCAGCGACACCGCCAAGAAGCCUGCCCUCCAAAUCUCCCUCGAAGCGUCCGCGCAUACAUAGCACAGUCUCCUCAUGCCGUUAAACGAACCCCCGCAUGGCCGCCCUACAUUCAAUCGGGGUCCGCAAGCCCGCCGCGCUUCCAUAUCUGAUCGCUGAGUCCCUUCUCGACCAGAACUGUACCGAGCACGACUACACGUGGGAAACGUACCGAAACGAAGACCCAGACAGCCCUACAGAAGAAGUAGUGACGACAACUCAUCAUGUUGUUUGGUCGAGAGGCGGGGUGGUGCGCAAGGUCUUCAAUUUCGAAAUAGAAAAGGAGCCCGUCAUACAAGCAUUACUCACGUGGUUCACCACUGAGCAGCAACAGAAAAGUGCUGUGUCGCAAGUGGCAACAGAUGGACUGGAAUCCGAUCCCCAACGUACCUUUGUCACCCAAGGCACUCAGCCCGCUACCAAUCCUAAUGCGCCGAAUCACCACACACCCACUACCAAGGAAGUCAGGUCUCGCGCUCUAGUCGUCUUCCUCAAAUCCCAAGCACACGUUUUCUUUCUAUCCGGCACUACGCAUAUCGUGAACCUUCCCUUUGAGGUAGACAAGGCCUUUCCCGCUGCUCGUGGCCUUAUUCUACAAAGAAAGCUCGUCACACCAAAAGCUAUACCUUCUAGUCCGCAGCUUCCUUCGGCGCCUCCGAAUUCCUUCCUAACAAAUCCUCAAUCUUUUCUGUCCCAGACAUUCACCCAAAGCUUUGUCCAAUCACGCCGCCAUGCUUCAUCCUUGGGACCCUCCCGGUUAAGUAUGGGAGGACAGAAGCCAGGGCCAGCGAUGCCCUUGUUUCUAGAAGAGCUGGCGAAGAGUUCUGCCAUUGCAAACACGGAAGGAUUACCUAGGCUGUAUUCUUUCACUGAUCCGCUUGCUGAACUUGGUCUGGUGGUGCAUGUUACUACAGGCUAUGAGCGGGAUAGUCUACUCACAGUCAACGGUGCUGGUCACAGGAGGUUGGAGGCAAUCGAUAAAGCCGAAGAGAUCAUCUACGUAUCUGCAAAGAAUGAGAUAUUGUUCGAUCAAAGUGGAAAUGACAAGCCUCUAUUGAUGGUCAUUACGGCCAACUAUAAAACGAAUACAUUCACCAUCUGGUCUGCUGCCUACAUGGAACCCAAAUCAAUAUCCAAUUCUCGCAAACACCAUGCCCCACUAUCUGCCCAAAAGUCUCGCCGUCGCAGCUCCUAUGGGCCUACUGCCCCAGGCACAGGCGCAACCACACCUGCAGUCCGAGGUACUGACAGACUCCGAGAGAGUCUUGGUGGCACGAUUAAGAGCAAACCACAACCACCGUCGUUCAAAGCUGCAUCGCAGAGUAGGGAGAGACUUUCAGACCAAGCAGUGGAGGACGCUCUCACUUCACAGCUGAACCCAGCUUUUGAUCCAGCGCGUCAACCGAAUGAAUCGAGGCGUGUCAGUUCACUUCUUUCUCGCGCCGAACUUUCAACUAGCUUUGAUAGGACAGCUUUUCAAGAUUUAGCUACCCAGCGCCACAGCUUGGGGGGAAGUUUUAACGCAAGUUUUGGAGCUAGCCAACGUAGCCGGCACUCUCUUGGAAAUGAAAGAUUGAGUUUUGGCGGCUUCAAUCCAUCGCGUCAUCGGGCCUCUACCCCUGGCAGCAUGACCUCACGUUUGAGCCUCGGUGGCGCUUCAGUUGACGAUACAUUUGACGAAACGAUGGACGAUACUUUUGAUACUAUAGAAGAUUAUGACGAGCUGGACGAUCUCUUUGCACCGCUCGACGCUGGGACUGCUCAGGAUUCAAUGGAGUCACUCCGCAAAGAAAUGAUCAUGAGCGUGGUGACCGAGAUACCAGUACAAAGCUUCCUCAAACCAGGCCGAUUUGCUCUGGAUGAUCCUACUGUAGAACCCAAGAGCUCCUCGAAGGUUUUCUCAAUGACGGCACCUUUCAAUUCAGCUACGCUACACGAGAGAAAGUUAUAUAUGUACAUAGUGCAUUCAUCUUUGGAGCACCCGCUCGAGUGUGAGCUCGCGAUCUCCCGCAAGAGGCUAUCACCCUCCGCGUCAACGACUCCGGCUAACAUGCAAACCACCGCUCCUCGAUACGCAUGCGUACCCAGAUUCAUUCAAGUCCAAGAGUUAAAAGGGACACGGGACGCUGUAAAAAUCAGUGACGGAUAUGCAGAGAGGGUGGCCACCCUUAUGGCGUCCGAUGCGGGCAAGCCGUGCAUUUCUAUAUCGGCAGGUUGGGGCAUUCAUUUACCGACCAGUUUCACGUUGGAGACGGCAAAGCUUUUCAACCCAUAUGCUAUUUUGCAGGAUGAACAGUCACGCGUGACUGCAGGACUUAAGCGGACCGUCAAUAUUAAAACUCCUUUGUUGGAGAUUUACUGCCCUGGACCUACUGGUACGUUUGAAGUUAUCGAUCGUGAAUCUCAUCGAUACUCAAAUCAAAUCCGCCUUUUGCCUAAACAUGGCCGGGUAGCAGCUUUAUUCCGGGUGCUAUCUCUGAUCCUGCCCAACCAUGCUGGAGACUUUCUGCUGGAGAUUUGGUGGAAUAUACGCAAAGAGCUACCUAUUGAGCAGCAGCACGACUCUCAAAAUGAAUGGACGGCGUUCGUGGCCACGCUGUUCACAUUGGCGAUGCCAUUCAUCGACGAGCGCAGUAGAAAGACCGGCCGCAGAAGCAAAUCGGCACAUGGGCGAGGCAUAGAACGUUCCCAAUUGGAAGGAUCCGGCGAAGAUGAGAACUCAGCCUGGCGUACCAUGUGCAACAGACAAUUGUCUCACUCCAAUGCAAAAUCCUGGCAAAGCAAUGCUUGGCAAUGGGUCCACCAAGCGUAUCCCGCAUUUGAGAUGACGAGUCCACUCUCCAAAAGUACCCGGAAAUACCAAUCUCCAAGUAUUGGACAGCAAAUUGCUCGGAAGCAACACGUGCUCGUUCUGUGUGCAGAUUUGGCUCGUCAGUUCAAUCAGUCGCCCAUUGGUAAAGCUGCAAAUGACCAUUGGAGACGUCUGUCACCCUCGGAGAAGCAAGAUUUGCGUAUAUCGACCCUGUCCGAAAUCGUGGUCAUUCUUCACCUCUAUCGCGAAGAACUCAAACUAAAUGUUCUGGCGAAUGAUGAUACAGCACAUGAAGUCGGGAGUAUGGCUCCUGUGCUUGCUCAGCUAGGACAUUGGCUGCGUUGGGAUGCAUGGGGUCGCAGGCAAGGAGCAUACUAUGACCUGGACGGUGGGUCCUCAGAACAGUGGGUGUAUGAGGACACAAGUUUUGUCCCCAGCGUUCGACUGCAUUCUCAACCCUGGGAUACUCCCCCAUCCAUUCUCGAGUGGCUCAGCGUGGUGUCAGGCGCUCGUACAUAUACGCCAUUUCCCACACUCGCGACGUUGAUUCGCAAGUCCAAAGCAUCCCCUCAUUCUUCCGUGAACAUUGACGAGGUUGUGGCAGCUGCAACACCCCGAACUGUAGCUUUGCAAAGGUUCUUUCGUGAUCUAGAUCAUACUCUCGGCCCACGCAAGGCAGUGGAACUCAUUGAAAAAGUUGGCAUAACUAUGCAGAUGCUUUCGACGUUUCCGGAAGCCGCACAGGCUCCUCUUAUGGAGUUCAUCACUAGGUGCCAAACCAACCCACCCACUACCUGGUCUAGAUCUCUGUUACGCCUAAUUCAACGAGAAGACAUGGAUCUCGCCAUGGCAUCAGACACAGAUACAAGCCAGGAUAUAAAUCAACAUAAUGGUUAUAUAGGUACAGGCUACCAAGCAGCAUUGCAUGCUUCAGUGUCUACGCGAGAUAUCCAUACAAUAUGCCAAAACGCCGAACGGUCAGACACACUGGCAUCCACAGCUGAGUCGGACCGGCAUACUAUAACGAGGCUUAUAUUCAAAGAGGACCGUCGAUUUAUGGAGGCUUACAGUCUAGUAGAGCCCACUAAACCGUCCGUUGUGUACUACGGGUACGAUAGCAGAGCGGAAGAUGUAACUGUCCUGGAGGGGCAGAAAGCGUUUGUGCAGUGGGUCAUGAUACGCACUUUUUCCCUUCCGAUAGGAAAUUCUAUGUUGAAGUUCAGCAGCAAGAAACCUCUCCUGACCGAGAAGUUCUCGUUGAUCGGUUUCUCAACAUCUUGCGUCAUGAAGCCAAUGGGGAACGUUGUCACAGCAGACAGAACUACCUACUCGGAAGAGAAGUUUUUCUGGGCGUUCUUCAAUCAAGGAGUCUCGGCUGGUCUCAGCAUCUCGCGGGAUGCUCAAGGCAUUGACACCUCUUGGAUCAUGUACAACAAACCGGCAGAAUUGUCGAACAGACAUGCUGGGCUGCUGCUGGGCUUGGGUCUUAACGGUCACCUGAAGAACAUUGCCAAAUGGCUGUCCUUCAAGUACCUCACACCAAAGCAUACAAUGACCUCAGUUGGUCUAUUACUAGGUUUGUCCGCGUCCUAUAUGGGCACUAUGGAUACGCUGGUUACCCGCUUGCUUUCAGUCCACGUUACCCGGAUGCUGCCACCAGGAGCAGCUGAGCUUAAUCUCUCUCCCUAUACACAGACUACAGGUCUCAUGGGUAUUGGACUGUUAUAUUACAACACUCAGCAUCGAAGAAUGAGCGAGGUCAUGCUGUCAGAGAUUGAGCAUGUCGAUGAGCCAGAUCCCUCUGAACCACUCGACAGUCUUCGUGACGAGGCAUACCGUCUGGCUGCCGGGUUUGCGCUAGGGUACAUUAAUCUUGGGAAAGGCAAAGACUUGCGAGGAUUGCACGAUAUGCGGAUUGUGGAACGCCUUUUAGGAGUUGCCGUUGCUCCCAAACCUGUCAGCAUCGUCCACAUACUCGACCAAGCGACUGCUGGGGCUGUCAUUGCCAUUGCACUUAUUUUCAUGAAGACGCACGAUGAGGCCCUUGCGCGCAAGAUCAACGUUCCGGACACCCUUCCUCAGUUUGAUUACGUCCGACCUGACAUUUGUCGUCUCCGCACUCUCGCAAAACACAUGAUCAUGUGGGAUAAUAUCCGUGCUGACGACGAGUGGAUAAUGAAGAAUCUACCCGUGGAGUACCGCGAUGACCAUAGUCUCAAGGGAAUCACGAAGCUUCGUAGUGAACAGAUGUCGUUCUUCAACGUUCUUUCGGGGCUGCUCUGGAGCAUAUCGCUCAAAUACGCAGGGACUGGCAACACGCAGGUCCGAGACUUUCUCAUCCGAUAUCUCGACCAGCUCAUUCGUAUCAAUAAACUUCCCGCCCACCGAUACGAUGCCAAACUCUCACGCAACACGGUUCGCAACUGUCAAGACCUAGCAGCCCUAUCGGCCGCCACUGUCAUGGCAGGCACUGGUGAUCUCGACAUCCUUCGUCGUCUACGUGGUCUUCACGGACGGAUCGGCUCAGACAUCCCCUAUGGAUCCCACUUGGCGGCGCACAUGGCCAUCGGAGUCCUCUUCAUCGGUGGCGGAACAUACACGUUCAACACAUCCAACAAAGCCAUCGCCUCGCUCAUCUGUGCCUUCUAUCCGCUCUUCCCUAUCGAUGUACAAGACUCGCGCGCCCACCUCCAGGCCUUCCGGCACUUCUGGGUUCUAGCCGCCGAACCGCGCGCCCUCAUCGUUCGAGACGCAGACACAGGCAAAGCCUUCUCAACGCCCAUCACCGUCCACCUCCGAGCCGGCAGCACCGACCAUCCAGCCUCUACACGCUCACCGUCCACCUCGGAUCAAGACGACACCAAAAUCAACCUAACGGCGCCCUGCCUCCUCCCCUCCCUCGCAACAAUCUCCCGCAUCGAAACAAGCGACCCCUCGUACUGGCCCACGACCCUCGACUUCGUCCUCAACCCCCUGCACCUUCACCGCUUCAAGCACUCGCAAACCCUCACCGUGCGCCGCCGCGCCCCGCACGACCGUCACAGCACCGCCUUCUCCGCUACCCUCGCCGCCCUCAACGACGCACAGUCCUCGCGCUCCGCCCGCCUCAUGUGGGACUGGCUCUUCACUCUCCCUGCCCUCGUCGAGUUCCAGAAAGCGGAUGUCGGGCUCAUCCUCCCCACCGAUCCAUUCAGCUCUACGUUUUUGGAUCCUAGGGACACGCUCGUCGAUCAUCGACUUGUGCUGGCGAGGUUGAGCGCGAGUUGGCGCGCGCAGGAUUUGUGGGUGCUGAGGGGCGUUUUUGAGUGGGCUGAUGGGGUUGCUGCGGGUGGACAGGGGAGGGUGAGGUGGUUGGGUCGAGAGGUUUUGGAUCGCUUGAGGGCUGGGGUUUUGGAGCGGGGGAGGAGGGUUGGUGGGGAGUGA